ACCCUCCUUCCCAGUUCCCACCAAACCCCCCCCCCCCCCGAGUCCGACUCUCCUUCCUUUUCUUCUCUUCUCUUCUCGCUCUCUUCCUUUAAAGAGUUCGAAACAAUAUUUUCUUUGUUCAUUGCGUUAGGUGAACAUUUUUCUUUGGGAAUGACUCUCUUUUGAAGGAUUCAAUUCAACAUUUUCUUUGCUCAUUGUGCUUGGUUGUGAAAUUUCUUUCCCAGCAAUUCACCCUCGGUUCUCCAUUCUGUAAUUUCAAUGGCCAAUUCGUUAUAUCAUACGACCACCUCCCGCGUGGGACUUCGAGACCAAUGGCUUGGUGUUGGUCAGGUUUCUCAGAGUGCUUUUAGAUCAAUUUCCUUUUCGUCGCAGCUUUCGGAUUUUCCUCUCAAAAGUCUGAAAGCUCGAAAACAUGUAGGGUUCAGUUAUAACGUUAUGCUGGUGAAGGCAAAAAGUAAUUUAGAUGAAAUCGACGUUGAUAUUUCUCUGAGCCCAAGAGUAAACUCUGUGAAACCUUCCAAGACUGUGGCCAUAAGUGACCAAGCCACAGCUCUUGUACAGGCUGGUGUUCCCGUUAUCCGGUUAGCUGCCGGAGAACCUGAUUUUGAUACACCGGCUGUUAUAGCUGAGGCCGGAAUAAAUGCAAUUCGCGAAGGUUACACGAGAUAUACCCCAAACGCGGGUACAUUAGAGCUCCGCGAAGCAAUUUGUAAUAAGCUAAAAGAGGAGAAUGGACUUACUUAUGCUGCUGAUCAAAUUGUUGUCAGUAAUGGAGCCAAGCAGAGUCUUGUUCAAGCAGUUCUUGCAGUCUGUUCCCCUGGAGAUGAGGUCAUUAUUCCAGCUCCAUAUUGGGUUAGCUACCCAGAAAUGGCAAGGUUGGCCGAUGCAAAGCCUGUGAUCCUACCAACAAGCAUUUCUGACAAUUUUUUGUUAGAUCCAAAACUCCUGGAGUCCAAAAUAACUGACAGAUCAAGAUUGCUAAUUCUCUGUUCACCAUCUAACCCAACCGGAUCUGUCUACCCUAAAAAACUACUUGAAGAAAUAGCUAAGAUCGUGGCAAAACACCCCAGGCUUCUGGUUCUUUCUGAUGAAAUUUAUGAGCACAUAAUUUAUGCGCCAGCAACUCACACAAGCUUUGCAUCUUUACCAGGCAUGUGGGAUAGGACUCUAACUGUUAAUGGAUUUUCUAAGGCCUUUGCAAUGACUGGAUGGCGUCUCGGGUAUAUUGCUGGUCCAAAGCAUUUUAUUACAGCAUGUGGAAAGCUUCAGAGUCAGCUCACUUCGGGGGCCUGUAGCAUAUCUCAGAAAGCUGGAGUUGCUGCGUUAGGUCUUGGCAAAGCGGGUGGGGAGGCAGUUGGCAAGAUGGUGAAAGCAUUUAGGGAGCGGCGGGACUUCUUGGUUAAAAGUUUUAGUGAAAUAGAUGGUGUCAGGAUUUCAGAACCCCGGGGCGCAUUUUAUCUGUUCAUUGAUAUCAGCUCCUUCUAUGGAAGAGAAGCUGAAGGAUUUGGUAUAAUUGAGGAUUCCGAGUCAAUGUGUCGAUACUUGCUGGACAAGGGCCAGGUUGCCGUUGUACCCGGGAGUGCCUUUGGAGACGAUAGUUGCAUUCGCAUCUCUUAUGCAGCGUCACUCUCUACCUUGCAGGCAGCAGUUGAGAGGAUUAAGAAAGCACUUACCACCCUAGCCUCUGUCGCCCUUGUAUAAUGUCAUUGAAUUAUGUACUGUGUCCUUGUUAUUGUAUUUUCUUUUGGGUUGUCAUUGAAUUAUGUACUGUGUCCUUGUUAUUGUAUUUUCUUUUGGGUUGUCAUUGAAUUAUGUACUGUGUCCUUGUUAUUGUAUUUUCUUUUGGGUUGGCAAUGUGCAAUUGUGGAACGUUUAUUCUCAAAAUAAUGAAUGAUGAAUGAAAGAUGUAGCUGCUUGUGGAAUUUGAGGUCUUGUAAGAUUUAAUAUUAUAUUCUCUUU